AUGCACCGAAAUAACCCCGACAGGUUGUGCAUUGGCCACUGGAGCUUCACUGUUACGCCGUUGAUCGCUGCCGCUGCCGCCGCCGCCGCCACCACCAACCCCUCCUCCUUUUUCCCGCCUCCCUUCUCUCCUUUUUUCCUGCUUCCGGCCUAUUCUCUGCGAAAGCGUCCUCGCCAGAACGACGAGGAAGAGGACGAUAAUGAGGAAGAGGAGCAACAGCCGGUCGACGUCCUGGAAGAGAGUUAG